AAUGUUAAGUGGCUUCGUUUUUUACCAAUCAAAAUAUGAUUAACUGUCAUCUUUUGCGAAUCACCUUUCACCAUUUCUUAAUAAUAUGGCUUUACCAUUAUUUAUCAUGUUACCAUUUGUUUGUCAUCUAGUUUUAUUAAAUUUUAAACGAAAGAUAUAAUAAUUAAACCUAGUUAAAUGGCUUAUUUGCGUACUAACCAAUUUAGCAGUAGAAAUUAAGUAAUUGCAAUGUAAUGUAUAAUCUAACAUUUACGUCAAAAAUCAUCAGAUUCUUACUUCUUCCUUAUGAAAUUAUCCGGUAACCAUGUGCAUGAAAGAGAUGACAUGGCCGAUAAAAUAGAUUUUUUUACUCCUUAGAACACUUUUCCAGUUUCAUAUAUCACAUUAAGACACAUUGAACUUGAGGCAACCUUCUUGGCUAGCCAAAGACAUCGAUGCCCCUAGAACAAAUAAAACCAAACCGGACACAUUGAAAACCAAACCGAAUCGAGUUUAAUUUAAACCCAAGUAUACCAACGCCAAACUAUACCUAGUUCAUAAAUCUAAAGACACACUUUUAUCCUACGGUUCACACCCUCUCUCUCUCUCUCUGAUACUUUGUGCGACAGAGAUUAAGAACCCUAGUUUCCGCGGCGGAGAUUAAGAACCCUAGUUUCCUCACCCCUCAAUCAUCUUCCUCACCCCUCAAUCGUAUCGCACCCUUUACAAUCUUCCUAACCCGUCAAUCUUCGGUCUCGAUCUGUUGUCUUGUCAUAUUCAGCGCCGUAGAUUAAGUUCCCUACUCUAUCUAUCAUCUUCCUCGCCUUCUCGAUCUGCUGUCUUGAUUGCUCCGACAUGCAAGGAAACAACAAGCCAGACCACCUUCUCCCUCCGAGGCUGUUCGCCACAGACAGGGCCCCAAGCGGACGUAUCAACAUCUACUCCAAGCCAGACCUUCUAGCUUUUAUACAGCAUGCUAUCCGUAACACCAAAGAGCUCCAGUACAUCAAAGACUCUUGUUUCGGGAAGUUAUUUGAGCUCCCAGCACGUCAGUGUCCUGCCUCGUGUAAAAUAAUACACGCUUUUCUUACAAGACAGCUAAUUGUCGAGGAUAAACACACACUCUGGUCAGUCUUUGGAAGCGAUCCCAUCCGUUUCGGCCUCCAAGAGUUCGGCACAAUCACAGGUCUGCCUUGUGGAGAUUUUCCUGCAGACUACAACACUGAACUGGAAGACCAGAGUAAAGCUCACAAAGAUCCUGACUGGAUCAAGCUGAUCGGUAAAAAGAGAUUCACCACCAUUGCUGAUCUACGCCACAAGCUCGAGACUGAAACAACGAUGCCAGGAAAAAAGAAGCUGCGCCUAGCUCUAAUAAUAAUUGUUGAUGGGGUUCUAAUCGCUCAUCAACAAACUCCACGGCCUACUCUGAAGUACGUCAAGAUGGUCCAGGACGUCGACGCUUUCUGCCUACACCCUUGGGGCAGAGAGUCUUUCCUCAAGACUAUUACCUGCAUGAAACCUCCCAAGUUCAUCCCUCUGAAAUGCGAGGACCCUAUUGCAAAGCUUGUUGAUCUUUUGAAGCAGGAAACUUUCAGGCUGAAGGGAUUCCCCCUAUCAUUACAACUCCUUGCAUUUCAAGCCGUCCCGGAGCUGCAGUCCAUAAUCCCAGCCCCCUUAGACUCGCUAUCAAUCAUCCAACUCGAAGAACCUCAUCUUCCUGUUUACCCGAAGAUUAGCUACCUUGACAUACUACGCGUGGAAGCUGUUGAGAAUCUUGCUGUUACAUUAUUGAUACCAAUACAAAGCCAACCGCAACCAGGAUGGGGAGUUUGGCACGACGUUGUUGCUGAUGAACGCCUAACGUACAUGGAGAACCUCAUAGCGAACCACCACCCAUUCAAGAAGCAUCUCUGGCCAGGUGGAGACACUUCCACGCCCAUACUCAUCCAUAAACCUCCCUUGGAGGAACCAGAAACGAGGAGACAAGUUUCAAAAAAUGCUUUGAGACCUAGAAAGCCCCUAAACAAACCACCACCGUGCCGAAAGCAGAGGAGGAUCAGCAACUACUUUCUCAGAACUGGUUCAACCAGCAACUCAAACGAUCAGAUGAUGGAAAUGCUUUCUAAAGUUUCUAGCGAAGUUUCCAAACUCAGGAAAGAGUUUAGAUUGAUGCGCCAACUCAACAAACGCAAGAAGUCUCGAACCCACAUCAAGCGUUCUGCUUUCCACUCUCUCAUUGGUUCUCCACACAAACCCCAACUCUCACACAGAGGAUGUCAGACUGACCCCACAGAGCAUUCAACCGAUGAUGUACCUAACGAGACGUCCCCGGCACCUAUAGAGGAAGAUCAUCCGGAAUGCAGCUCCCGUGUUGUCAGCCAAUAUGCAGCUCAGCUCUACGGCCAACCUUCCAGCGAGUCAACUCCGGUCCACACAACACAUCUCCCUACAGAACCUGAACAAACCACACCCGUACACACCACCACCUUUUACACCUUACCCGAACACACCCCCAUUGAACCAAACCCUAUAAUCCACAACUUCCCCAUCCACAACUCCCCCGUCCACAACUCCCCCGUCCACAACUCCCCCGUCCACACCUCCCCCGUCCACAACUCUCCCGUCCACAACUCCCCCGUCCACAACUCCCCCGUCCACACCUCUCCCAUCCACACCUCUCCCAUCCACACCUCUGCCGUCCACACCUCCUCCGUCCACACUCCCUCAUCCACACCACCCCCGUCCACACCACCCCCGUCCAUACCACCCCCGACCAUAACCAAACCGAACCCACUACACCCAUCUACGAUACUAGUGACCAUCAUUACCACCAACUUCGAUUCCAAGGUUUUGAAAUCUUCGAGCCCAACAGUCCUGCCCCCCCCAUCACUGAAUAAUCCUAGAUACGACACAUCAACCCACAGAGCUACUCCUAAACCCCCACUAAUCCCCAUCACACCCGAUACGUGUCCAACUAAGAGUAGCGGAUUUGCUGAACAUGCCUCAUCUGUCAAUGCAUUCGUUGCUACCGCUACAUCAAAACGAACCUCCCUCCCAACCUUAAACGUGGAAAAGAGUCAGGAAAACCUAUCUGACGAGGAAGUUGUUGAACUUAGCGACUCCAGCCCUGUAAAGCCAACCCCAAGACAUCAGCCAUCAGAUGAAGAAUGCAACCUUGCAGAAGAACUCUUCAAAUGCCCUUCAAUUCCAGCACUAGCCCUCAUCGCUCCGCUUCCGCAGCAACAGUGGGACCUCUUCCACGCGACUCUCACAGCAAAUACGCAAGCAUUCCACAUUACUCCGUCCCAAUUUGACUUCUCCAACAGAUUCAUAUUGGAAAUAGCUCAGCCGCAGAAAUGGGUCACCACAUUUCAUAUGGAAAUUUACAUGCUUGCUGGAAGGCACAGAGAGCUCCUUGAUCGAGAGAAGCUUGCUUUCACAACACCGUAUCUAGCAUCCGGGAUUCAGGAGGUCUUCAAGGGGUUCAAGAAACUGGCAAGGAAAGACCGAUUCAAAUGGGACACCCGUCUGACUGAGUUGGUGCUUCAGCCAGGGAAGAAAUGGAUGGAAGAUGUGUUUACGAUAUACACUCCUAUGAUCUGGGAGGAUCGUCACUGGGUGGGACUAGCUAUAAACCUCGACAUGGGAUAUGUUGAGAUCCUAGACCCACUCCCAACGUUGUAUGGAGAUAACAAAGUGCAGAAGCUCAUGGACCCCAUCCUCACUUCACUGCCCUACCUCGUCAAGAAGGUUGCUAAACCACAUCAGACUCAGUUCCGUGGACUGAAGCCUUUUCAUUGGGAAAGGAUCACCGGAAGCUACAUAAAUGAGCGGUCGGGUGAUUGUGGUCCAGUCAGCAUCAAGUUUAUGGAGCUACACUCUCACGGUGAUCCUCUCCCCCACAUGUCAGGAAUUACUGACGGGACCGUUGAUGAUCUACGCAAACAGUAUGCCAUGGAUGUCUACAAAACCAUCGUCCUACCUGCUUACCACGUUCCUACUUUUCCUUGAUCAAAAUUCCAUUUCGUCAUGUCUCUAUUAGUGUUGUCUGAAACUAAAACUUAUGGUUUAUGCAACUUAUGUGUCUUGGUCUAUGCAACUUUUUCUGUUUCUUGGUGUUUUGCUUCUAGACAAUCGUUAUGUAACAUAUUAUGUUUAUGACUUUCCUACAACUGCUCUCCUUUCCAUUUUGCCUUAGCCUACAUCUUUGUACAAUUACCAAACGAUUUCACGUCCACACCUCCAUUCAUGUACACGUUAUACAUCGAACACAAGUCCUAGCCAUUGUCCACAUCUACUACUUAAUCACACCUCCAUUCAUGUACACGUUAUACAUCGAACACAAGUCCUAGCCCCAUUGUCCACAUCUACAACUUUACCACACCUUAAGCUAAUCAGCUUGAAAUUACGUACACACCUCCGUCCCUGUACACUAUAUAUAUCGAACACAAGUACUAUCCAUUAUCCACAUCUAAUACUUAAGACAAACGAUUGCAUGUACGGAGUCACAAUUACUCUUAUAGUAAAUCAGCUUGCAAAAGAGCUACAUAACCCCACCAGGAAUACCAAAUAAAC